AUGGCUGAGCAAUCCAACCACGCCAUCGUCUUCGGAGCGGCCGGCCUGCUGGGGUGGUCCGUCGUCAACCAGCUCCUCUCGGGCUACCCCCGCGCCGGCUCCUUCUCCAAAGUCACAGCCGUCGUCAACCGGCCGGUUUCCGAGGCCGACCUAUGCCUGCCCGAGACAUCCCCGCAGCGGCCCGCGUUGCAGGUCGUGUCCGGCAUCGAUCUGCUGCAGGGCUCUGGGGAUGCUUUGGCGCGGCAGCUGGCAGACAGGGUGCCGGAUGCGGGCCGGAUCACACAUGUCUUUUACUUUGUCUUCUCGAGCUUCAAUGAGGAUCACGUACGGGAGUGCGAGAUUAACUGCGAGAUGAUGCAGAGGGUUGCCGAUGCUGCCAAUAUCCUGACCUCCUCGCUGCAGUCGUUCGUCUACCCCGGCGGCACACGAGGAUAUGGAAUUUACGUGCCGGGCGGGACAUUCACGGCCCCAUUGCAAGAGACACUUGCAGACCAGCUGCCGGAAGACUACGCCAGGACCUGCGCGUACCCGUGGUUUAGACAAACUCUCACCAAGGCAAGCCGCGGCCGAAGCUGGUCCUGGACAGAGGUCUGCCCAGACGCAGUCGUCGGGUUCAGCCCCCACGGGUCAGCGUUUUCCCUCGCCUUGCACUGGGCGCAGUACCUCUCUCUCUACGCUUUCAACCACGGUAUCCAGCCCGGGAAAGUCCCCCCGUCCGGCAAAGAAAUCCGCGUCGCGUUCCCGGGCUGCCAGGAAGCUUUCGACAGCAAGUUUACGCCCGUCUCGGGCAAGAUACUGGGUCGCAUCUCGAUCCACGCAGCCCUCAACCCGGGCACAUGCGGAGGCAAAGUCGUCAACAUGGCUGACAACGACCGGCCAACCUCGUUUAGCAAGGUGUGGCCCGCCAUUGCCUCCUGGUUCGGCCUGGUGGGUGUCGGUCCCGCGGGCGACGAGGGGGCACUCAAACCGGGCGAGUAUGUUGCGAAGCAUAAGCAAGCCUUUGCAGAGCAGAAUCGGCCCAAGGCACUCAAGUGUGGCGUGGGAGCGGGGAGCGCGCAGCUGGAUGCCGUGGGCUGGUGGCUCAAGUUUGAUCGCCAUCUGAGUCUCGAAAGGCUUCGGGUCUUGGGCUUCCAAGAGCAGCGGGAUCCGGUGGAGGGAUGGCUGGGCGCGUUUGAACAAUUUAGAGCUGCGGGUAUCAUCCUUUGA